AUCAUAUCACCAAUGUGUCUCAAUGCCCCUUAAAUUUAUUAAUGCAUCCUCUUCAGAGCCCGUUGAGCUUAAGUUAUUAGCUUUCAACGAUCACAAGUUAUGGGAGACAUGGAGGAAGGAGCCAGUGUUUCCAGGCCACCCCUGCUACGUGGUCACAACUACAACUUCUGGAAAGGGCGUAUGAGGGCAUUCUUGAAAUCACAAGGAGGAGUAUUGAGAACUGUGGAAACUGGCUGGACAGAACCAGUCAAACACUCGGAUGAUCUGUCUACGACAACUGUCAAAAAAUUUGAAGACUAUAGUAGAACUGAAGUCCUUGCUGCUGAGAAUAAUGACAAAGCCCUAAAUGCUAUUUUUGGUGGAGUUGAUGCCACACAAUAUCGUCUCAUCUCAAACUGUAUUAGCGCAAAGGAAGCAUGGGAUGUUCUUGAAGUCACACAUGAAGGUGAUGAGAAGGUCAAAACUGCAAAGUAUCAGAUUCUCAUGACACAAUAUGAAAAUCUGCGAAUGGAUGAGAAAGAAACUAUUGUAGAAUUCCAUGGAAGAGUCCGCGACCUUGCAAAUCAAGCAGCUAGAUUACAGGAGCCGUUUCCAGAAUCAAAACUUGUUCUAAAGGUGCUGAGAUCACUACCAGAGAGGUUUGAUAUGGAUGUCAAAGCAAUCUCUCAAUCACAUGAUGCCAAAAAAAUGACUCUUGAUGCCUUAAUGGGUAAUCUUGAAACAAUCGAAUUAAACAUGAAGGAGGAUAGCAAGAGACGAAAACCAGAGAAGCAAAUUGCCUUUCUGGGAACAGAUCUGGAGAAUGACAGUGAAGAUGGUUUAGCAUUUGAUGAAGAAUUCCAAGAACAGCUGUCUCUAUUCACAAAGCAUUUCAAAAGGAAGUGGAUUCAGAAGAAGGGAAAGAGUCAAAUUCAAGAAGGACCUUCUAAGACAUCCACUUUCAGGGAGUCACGAAAGCCCUAUGAUAAUAGCUCCAAGUUCAAAGGACCGCUGUGUUUUGAAUGUGGUGGUCAUGGGCAUAUUCAGAAUGAAUGUGCAAACAACCUUAAAAAGAAGAGACAAGCAUUUUCAAUAACCUGGAGUGAUGAUGAUACUGACGAAGAUCAGGGUUGUGAGGAAAGCAACUGUGCUUUUAUCUCACAGUCAGAGUCAGAUGAUCUAGUUGAACAACAUAUGGAUCUUCAAGAAAAGUGGACUGAGCUGCUUAUGGUUAAUAGAAGAAAUAUAGCAGAAAAGAAUCAGCUGGCAUGUGAUCUAAAGGUCUUGAAGCAGAAUCUAGAGAAAGCGGAAACAAAUAAUGCAGAUCUAAAAUAUGAACUGCAAAAGCUCAAGGACUACAUUAAGUGGAUGAAGAUAGCCGGAGCUGAAGUACUGGAUGCACAAGAGAAGUUGUUCAAAGCACCUGGGGAUAGACAAGGAAUUGGAUGUGACAGCCACACCAAAAUAGAUGAUCCACUCAAAGAAGACAGUGUGAAAAUAACAAAGAACAUGGGAAACAGCUAUCACCCAGCAAAUCUUGCUAACAUCAACUCAGUUGAGGGAGGAAAUGUUAGAUUUGGUGGUGGAGCACAAGGCAAAAUCAUUGGGUGUGGAAUACUAAAUGUUUCAGGACUUCCACCAAUCAAGAAUGUAUGGCUUGUACAAGGACUUCAGGUAAAUCUACUGAGCAUCAGCCAAAUAUGUGACCAAGGGCUGGAGGUCACAUUUACUCAGCAAAAGUGUCGCGUGAAAGACAAAAACAAACUGGUGGUAUUAGAAGGUGACAGAACAACUGACACCUGCUACAAAGUCACUCCUAAUGUUCUGUGCUUUCCUGCAAGCCAACAGGAUGCAAGGUUAUGGCACUACAGGCUCGGUCAUCUAAAUUUUAAAGAUCUCACAACCCUCUCAAACUCUGAUGCAGUUCGAGGAUUGCCCAAAAUAAAGAGACUGGAAGGUGAACGAUGGACUGGAAAGGCAAGAGUGCAAAAGAAGAAGUUCCACAAACCCUCCUGGACAAAGCUAUUCUCAAGGGGUGAAUCGUCAUCUACCACUGCAGCAACUGGAAAGUCUUCAGCACACCCGCUUCUCUCAGAUGAUGAUGGACUAUAUCUUCCAAUUUUGCAACCAUCUGAAGUAUUGCGAUUGGAAUACACUUCAAUCAAUCUAGAAGAAUCCACAAAAAACCCUAAAACAAAGGGGGGAAUCUUUGAAGAGGAAGUUCAGGGUGAAAUUCUUGAAGAAGAAGAACCAAUUCUCGCAUGCUCAGCAGUCCCCUUUCAAGAUUCUGCAUGCAACACAAAGAGAGGAGACACAAAAAGGAGAAACAACACUGGACCUACCCGAUGGUCUCUGAGACGAACCAGAUCUCUUCAUCACACAGAGAAUUCACAAGAGGAAGUUCAAGAGUCAGAGAAAAAGGAGAAGAUGACGAAGCCUCAAUCUGAGCCCAAGAAGAGAAAAGAAAGUGAGGUUUGUCCUUCGCCAAAACUUCCAGUGAAGAGAACGAAAUCCACACCAGAUGCUCCAUCUUCAUCCAGACGGGAGACCAGAAGUUCAAAGAAUUCACCAUCAAGCUGCACUCCAGGGAAGCAAUCUGUUAAAAUUUUUCCCUCUAGUAUUGCAAAAUCUCUUUUUCUUGAUGUUGUGAAAAAAUCAAUUAUCCCUCAAAGGAAUCUUGAUGUGACUGACUUUAGCAAGAAAACAAACCUCCUGCCCACACUUAAAUCAAACAAAUUGCUAAAAUCUGUCACUCUCCCUGGUUCAUAUGUGAAGAAAGUCAUUCAAGAAUUCUAUUGCAAUUUAUCUGAGUCAUGUGUUACCAAAGAUGAUCCCUCAUACCAGAAAGUCUUUGUUCGUGGAAAGCUCUAUGAUUUUUCUCCCUCAGUCAUAAACUCUUUUCUUGGUACUGACCAAAAUCCAGUAAUCACUCCUAUUGAUGAGGAAACUGUGUGGAGUGAUCUCACCAAUGGACUUAGGGACUACCAACAUGGAAAGUCCAAAGUGCCUUCUUCAGUGCUGAAAAGUUCAUAUGCUCUCCUUCUAAGAAUUGCUGCAUUUCACUGGAUGCCAACUACUCACACCAACACUGUUCCAUUGUGCAUAGCCACCCUAAUCUACAGAAUCAAAAACAAUGUUCCUUUUGAUCUUGGUAGGGUUGUAUUUGAUCAGGUGAUGGCGUUUGCAGCAGAAAAAUACAAGAAGAACAAGAAUGGUCUUCCAUACCCACUGUUGGUCUACAGCAUACUGAAGGAUCAAGGCUUUGAGAAGAAAGAAGAUGAGGAAGAAGAGAUCAUUCCUCCCUUGCUGCAAGUGGAUGCAAGACAUCUUGAAGGAAGUCACUUCAAUGACAUGGUUGCUGCUGGAGCAUCCUCAGCAGAAACACCAAAUCCAGCUUCAGUAGAUUACCAGCUCAGCUUCCUUGAAAAGGAGAUCAAAUCCCUUGAAAUGGAUGCGGAUUAUCAUCAUGAAAUUGCCCAAAGAUCAACUGAAAGGAUGAAUGUGCUUAUCCAGAUUGCGCAUAAUCUGAGGCAAACAAAGAGUGCACCGAGUAAGGGGGAGAGACUGGCUAAACAAAAGGCAGUUGCUGCACACUCAUGCACAGAUGAAGAUGCCCAAGAAGACAGUGCAGAAGAGAUAUCUUCAUCAGAAUCAGCAGGAGCCUCUCAAGAAUCAUCAGAAGCAAAGACAGCACACAAGCCUACCCUCUCUCAUGGGUACUUGGCUCUUUCUAGGGUGACAGAUGUAGAUAUUGUUCAGCUGUUGCAACCUGGUGGGCUGAGCAAGGGUCAGAAACACAUCCUUCGUGCAGAGCAAGAAGAAGGUGUAAUAGGCUUGGUGAAGACACAAACCGAGUUUGCUGUCAGAUCUCGUAAGUAGACAAAUCAGAUUCAUUAGAAGGUUCUAUUGAAGUUUGAUAGUGUAAUUCUUACGAUGAUCUAGUGGAAAGGCUAUUACACGGAUGUGGGCCUCGCAGACGUAGGAGAUACUGCUCCGAACUGCGUAAAUAAAUCUUUGUGUCUUGG